UUAUAUUUGGGGGCGUGGCACAGAGGCUCAGAGAAGCGUAGCGACGAUCGCUCCGUGACGCCUUUGAUUGGCCGACAACAGCGGCGCCCAUAACGAUUGGCCGAUGUCCGUUCACUCCGAACCAAUGAAAACACUCGCAGUAAAAGCCUGUUGCUGGUGAUAGGUUGCUUUCGGUUUCUCGCGACCAGUGAAAACUCCUUCAUGCAGCGCGCGGGUUUGCGGCGGAUGAAGUUCACGCGCGAAAUGUUACUGUGUCGUGUUUUAUAGUUUAAUUCUUGGUUGAGUUUAAUAAUCGCAGCAUGUUGAGCGCGACAUCAGACGCAGAAGUGUCAGCUCGCUCCGCCUCUGUCGCAUCGCUUCUGGCGCGCAGAACCAUAAAGAGAGCCAGAGAUGAAGAGACCGAGAAACACCUGCAGGAGUCCUGUGUGAGUCUGCUGCUGAGACACCAGAACACCUCCGAGCUGCUGCUGGAGAUCACAUCACAUGGUAAAAUAAGGAGCAUCAGCUGUGAUGGAUGUGCAGGGCUGCAGCGCGACACGGGCGUUCAGACAGCGCUUCUGGAGAGUGAGCUGCGGAGGACAGCGGAGCAGACGGGCGUUCCGGUCGGGCUGCUGUCUGCCAGAGUUUUGCUGGAAAACAUCGAGGAUCUGAUCACGCAGACAGACACAAACACACAACAAGUGUUACUGAACGCUAAACAGAGAACUGAUGUGUGUGCGUUACUGCAGUCGGCUCAAGCGCUGAUGUCCGCUGGAAUAUUCAGCCCUGAGCUCCUCUGGCAGGAAUACUGGAAACUUCAGCCGGUGCUGGAGGUGGUUUAUCAUCUACACACUCACAGCAUCCUCACGCUGGACUUCAUGCUGGAGAGAGACGCAGCUGUGAGUGCAUGGAUCAGCGGUCAGCUCAGAGCUUUGUGUGCCUCCGGGGAAGCCUCACCGGAUGACCAGCAGAUCCAGCAGAUUCUCUCCACUGUGGUGUGUGUUCUGGUGCGGAGGGCGUUUGAAGACUGCGCUCACAAACUCUCUCAGACGUGCUGCGUGAUGCUGGACUCCAUGAUCUGGUGGCUGCUGGACUCACUGAGUGAUAAAGGCGCUGAGACGCCAGCCGCUGGCUUCUGGGUCCAGGUGUUCGACGUCUCGGUGUUUGCUGGCUGUGUCACUGAAGAAACACUGCAGCACUUCUUCACACACACGCUCAUGCGUGUUCUGACAUACCGACCCGUUUAUAAAGUGUCAGAUGUCAUCGCUGUACAGAGCGACUGGAGCUUUGCUAAAACCCCUCCGUUACUGACGGCUCUGUUCUGUAAGGUGUGUGUUGUGUUCAGUGUGGAGCGUGUGCUGAGUCAGCUGCAGCAGGUCUUGGAGACUCAUGAGGUGAACUGGCGUCACGUUCUCUGGUGUGUGUCUCAUCUGCUGAUCUAUCACUCUCAGACGCAGCGCUGCCUCACAGAUCUGCUGUCCAGGCUGCUGAGCUCAGCGUUCGACGGAUACGAUGUGGAGAAGAUGAUCACGCUGCUCCUGUUGGGCCGCCAGGCGUCUCUCGAGGGGCCCGCUGUCUUUCCCUCAUACAGAGAUUGGUUUAAAUUGUCGUUUGGUGGCUCCAGCAGUUAUCAUGCUAAAAGCAAGAAGUCCACCGUGUUUCUCCUGAAGUUCCUGUCCGAUCUCGUCCCUUAUGAACCACCACAGUACCUAAAGGUUCAUGUAAUGCAUCCUCCGUUCAUCGCAGGGAAGUAUCGUUCCCUCCUGCAAGAGUACAUCUCCCUCGCCAAGACCCGGCUGAGAGAUCUGAAGGUGUCUCUGGAGGACACGGGGAUCUUUGAGGUGGUGAACGGCUCUGCUGGUGUGCUGGAGUGUCCAGCACAGCAGGAUGUUGAGAAGGCUGUAACACUUUUCAUGACCUCCAGUAAGAUCCCAGCAACAGUGAUAGAGGCCAGUAUUUUCAGGAGGCCGUAUUUCCAGUCUCGAUUCCUCCCUGCUCUCCUCUCUCCGCGUGUGCUUCCUGUGAAGUCAGACGCCAGAAUGAUGUUCAUCGAGGCCUUGAGAAAGGCAGAUAAGAUUCCCGCCGCUCUCUACACGUCAUACACAGAAUCCUGUCAGAGAGGGACGUACAGACCAAAAGAAGGUGUGUGCAAGUCGAGUGAGGACGAUCACCUGCUGCUUCUACAGGACCAGUUCCUUCAUCUGAGGACGAUGAUGAGCGCUGGGGCCGCUGACGGGGAUGUUCGUGCUCAGCUGUCCAGGAUCUCUCUGACUCUGAAGAACGUGUGCGCCGAUGAAGAGACAGGAAGUGAUGUCAUCACACUGAACCGGGAUUCGCCGGAUCCGGCUCACGCUGCUGUCAUCAAUCUGAUCUUACAGAGCUUCUGUCUGUGUUUACUGGAUGCGUCCAAAGUGAACCCUCCGAACAGGCAGGGUUCGUGGCCGAGUGUGUUUGUGACGGUUCUGCUGGGGCACAGGUGGCUCGUCUCGGCUCUCACACACAGGCUGUGGGAUCUGCUUCAGCACCAGGGUGGUGCGCUGAGCGCGGCUCAUGUGCUGGGUCUGGCGGCGCUGCAGGCGGAGCUGCAUUACUGCAGACGCUCCUGUCCUCCGCUGCAGCUCCAGGGCUCUUCUGCAGCCGCUCUCCCCGUCUCCGAGUGUCUGUCUGACGCCCUGCUCUGCUCCACACGCUCACACAUGGCCCUCUGCCUCAGGUUCUGCGUGGCCGUUCUCUCGUAUGGGCUGUGCCGAGCCAACGCUCAGGCAGAGGAGCUCCACAACUUUAUCCCACAAAGACUUUAUAAAAAGGCUCAGUACGUGAUGGCCAGACUCGUCCCGGAGACUCGAGCGCACAUGAGUGAUGAGCAGGAGUCUGACCUGGGCACCGAUCUCACUGGAGGGGUCCGAGACUCUGCGGUGGCUCUGUGGAGAAGCGCUCCGAUCCGAUCGCUGAAGGAGCGGCCGCAGUAUCAGCUCUCUUUCUCUGAGUGGCUCUCAUCUGAGCUUCGUGUUCAGCGGAGCCGAGACGCGCUGACAGAUCCAGAGAGGCAGGAGUACGAGCAGUGGGCUUGUGAACAGUACUAUCUGCCCAUGUCUCAGCAUGACGGCGGCUGUGAAGGAGAUGUGACUGGACUCUGCGCUCACAUCAUCAGUGCUGUUCUGGACCGGAACACAGCGUGCCGGACAGGAGGAAGCUCCCCUCAGCACACAGACAGCUGUCUGCCUGACCUACUGUCUCUCCUGCAGGCAUUACUGUACGAAGUGGCGAUUACUCAGCAGAACACAUCAGAAGAGACGUCUCACUUCCUGUGGGAUGUGAUUGACAGCAGGUGCACAGUGACCCCUGACCCCGACAGCACUGGACAUGAGCUGACCCAUCAGCUGACCCUUCAGGACAUCAGCCGGAUUCUGGUGCUGGUUCCUCCUGCCCUGCUGCUGAGCGUCAGAACCCACAGAACAGGAAGAACUCUGGACUGCCAGCGAAUGAUGAAGUACAUCAGUCACGUUCAGAGGACAGCGUGCGGUGAUGUCGGUCUUCUGCCUUUCAACCUCACGGCUCACUUCCUCAAAGCGGUUGUGAGCUGCGGUGUGAGCUGUGAUCGUCCGGCUGAGGCGGUGGACGCGUGUCUGUCUCUCUUCAGCACUGAGUGUCCGCUGCUGUUGCUGUCCGCCGCGCGCUGGUGGACGCGUCUGCGGCCUGUGCUCAGCUCGCAGUGGAAGCGUCUGACGGGACGGGACGCUCUGCCGGAUCAGCUGCAGAUGCUGGAGGACAGCCACCGCUGGAGCAGACGGGUGUGUGCAGGGUGUGUGUGGCCCGUGCCGUCGGCUCCGUCGUGGCUGCUGGCUGAGUGUGUACACACUUCUCUGAGGAGGUCAGACGGCGAGGCGGAGGAUGUUAAUACACUCAUCACACAGCUGCUCGAGACGGACAGACAGGUUCUGCUCUUCUUGUUUGUCCUCAGUGUAAUGGAGCUGAUCUGCGCUCAUCUGAAUGAACAGGCGUGUUUGAAGCGUGUCCGAGACGUGAGCGUGUGUCUCCUCGCUCAUCUGGUGGAUGAUUCUGAUUGGCUGCUGCUGUUUGAUUGGUCUGGAUCAGAUCACAGACUGCCUCACUUCCUGUCUCGUGUGGCGUCUCAGCAGACUCUCAGGCUGAUGCCGCUUGCCUUUUACAGCAUGCUCAGCGGCGUGGAGCCGGAGGUUCUGGCGGCAGCGGCCCGGUGUCCGGGGUUCCUUUACAGCGCUGCGGCGUCAUACAGAGAGCUCAGCAGACUCUUCCUGAGCGGCCCUCAGCAACAUCAGCAGCAGCAGGUGCUGCUGCAGGCCCGGAGCAUCCUGAUGAGCAGCAUCUCCCUCAGCUCCCCGGACUGUGUGACGCCCGGCCAGAGCAGACAGCUGCAGUCUGAAUACGAGCAGCUGGACCCCGAGAUCUCCGCAGCGCUCCGCAGCUUCACGUGAGACGCCGGACACAGCAUCAGCACAGCAGAGAGCCGCUCGCACAGGUCACGUGAUCAGAAACAUUCGUCUCAAAGGACUGAGCUUUCAGAUGAAAACACUCCGAGUCAAGGGACCGUGAGAAGAUCAUUACACCUAUUAUUUAUUAUGAGUCUUAUAUCCUUACUGCAUUACACAAGGACAUAUUUCUAAUUUUCAACUUUUAAAUAUAUACAUUCACUGGCAUCAUUUAUUAAAAACACUGAAGAAAAAAAAAAA